AUGACGGACCGCGACAAGGUUCAGCAUCGCGUCACGCCAACUGGCAUGGUUCUACACGAACCCACUUUUCCAAACAUCCCCAUCCCCGACCAUGGUCCAUACUCUAGUCAAACAGCGGGGUCGGCUGCCCCUAGUAAUCGUGUUGCUACGCCCAUGGGCAUAGCCACCCAUCAUGCAGGCACUUCCGAAGACAGUCUCACCACGAAGCCACAGCCCAUCGACGAAACACACAGCAAACCACCCAAGACAUCUCGACCAAUGCAACAGAGAUAUGCGACCGAGCGACCAAAGCCUUCGGUACGACAUUCGCUGUUGGGCAAGAUGCACCAUGGUGGGCCGCCCAAGAGACCGUCUCCAACCCAUAAGGGAACCACAGUCACUUUCGACCCUUACUCCUCUGAGAGCGACUCUUCCUCCUCCGACUCUGAUGAGGAGGAGGGGGAGAAGAACUACCCAAAGAAGACGCUCAGCCAUCAACGCGACUUGACCGGCCAAGAGAAUCGACAACGUCGCGAGAGUCAUGGCGGCCCCUUUUCGCGCCUCAAGAUCACAAACGACCACUUCCGCACUUCAGCCAAGGUCUCGAAAGCGGAUGGACGACUGAAGCUCAAUAUACUGGAAAAUGACAUGAAUAGUGGCUAUGUCGCCAAAGCUCUCGGUGCCGUCUUGCACAAGCACUCGAAGAACGACGACGACGAGCAACGAGGUGUGGAGAGCUAUGAUGCCCGGGGCAUCCAAGGUGCAAAGAUGUCACCCGAGGAGGAUGAAAUGGAGAACAAUCCCUCGAGACGUGUCAAGCUCAACAUUGUCAUCAUCAUCAUUGGCUCUCGAGGCGACAUCCAGCCUUUUAUUCGCAUCGCCAAGAUAUUAAAGGAAGACUACGGCCACAGAGUCCGUUUGGCCACACAUCCAGCCUUCAAGGAGUUUGUGGAGAAGGAUUCGGGUCUGGAGUUCUUCUCUGUCGGCGGCAACCCUGCCGAGCUCAUGGCGUUUAUGGUCAAAAAUCCUGGUCUGAUUCCGAAUAUUGACACAAUCAAAGGCGGUGAAAUCGGCCGUCGCAGGGCGCAGAUGUACGAAAUGUUUCAGGGCAUGUGGCGCGCUUGCAUCAAUGCUUCAGACGACGAGACUGACCAGCACAAUGCGAAGAUGAUGGGCAAUAAGGAUCCGUUUUUGGCCGAUGCCAUUAUUGCCAACCCUCCAAGUUUCGCACCCCAGCACAUUGCGGAAAAACUUGGGAUCCCUCUACACAUGAUGUUCACCUUCCCAUAUACUCCUACAGCCUUCUUUCCUCACCCUCUAGCGAACAUCAAGACUAGUAAUGUUGAGGCUAGCUACGGUAAUUUCAUGUCUUAUCCCCUCGUCGAGAUGAUGAUGUGGCAAGGUCUGGGCGAUCUCAUCAACCGAUUUCGAACACAGAUCUUGCACCUCGAAGAAGUCAGUACGCUGUGGGCUCCAGGCCAACUCUACCGUAUGAAAGUACCAUACACAUACAUGUGGUCACCAGGUCUCAUCCCUAAACCAAAGGAUUGGGGUCCAGAAAUCGACAUCUCUGGAUUCGUAUUUCUUGAUCUCGCAUCCUCGUUCACGCCUCCAGACGACUUGAAGGAGUUCUUGGAUGAUGGAGAGCCCCCAGUCUAUAUCGGUUUUGGUUCCAUUGUUGUCGACGAUCCAGAUGAGUUCACAAAACUCAUAUUUGACGCCGUCAAGAUGGCUGGUUGCCGUGCACUCGUAUCGAAGGGCUGGGGAGGCUUUGGCUCAAACGCUGAUUGCCCUGAGAACGUCUUCAUGAUUGACAACUGUCCUCACGACUGGCUGUUCCCACGUUGUGCUGCCGUCGUGCACCACGGCGGCGCCGGCACAACCGCCAUUGGUCUCAAAUGCGCCAUACCGACAAUGAUUGUACCCUUUUUUGGCGAUCAGCCAUUCUGGGGAGCCAUGGUCAGCAAAGCCAAGGCGGGUGCGCAUGAAUGCAUUCCUUACAAGAAGCUAAACUCAAAACGACUUGCUGAGGGCAUCAAACAAUGUCUAACGGAUGAAGCCAAGGAGAAUGUCAAGAAGAUAGCCGAGAGCAUCGAGAAGGAAGGUGAUGGCGCCUUGAACGCCGUGCGUUCUUUCCACAGAUCUUUGCCGCUUGUUGGCGAAAACAGUAUGCGCUGCGACUUCUUGGAAGACCGUGCCGCAGCGUGGAAGAUCAAAAACACCAAUGUGAAGCUCUCUGCAUUGGCAGCAGAGAUUCUAGUGGAGAAAAAGAAAUUGAAGUGGAACGAGUUACGCCUGAUCCGACACUAUGAAUGGAACGAUUUUGGCGGUCCCGGUGAGCCCAUCACAGGUAUAUGGGGCACGCUGAUGACGUCCGUCACCGAUGCGGCCACUGGUGUUGGUGGAGUACCUGUCGAGAUGGGCAAGAGUAUUCGAAAGCGCGAGAAGAUUCGAGAUAAGAAACGCAAAAUCCAGAUGAGGCAUGAACACAAAAAAGCAACCCUUGCAAGAGCAAACGCCAAUCUUCCGAAAGACCGCCUUGGAAAGGAAGCAACCAAUGGCUCAACCGAAAAGGUCAGAGAUAAAGACACGGAUGAGUCAAAUGAUGGGAAGAGGCCACAAGCGAGCCGGGAGCCGUCCACACUUUCCAGGAUCUCUGAACCCGACGAAGAUCUAGCCGAUGAACUUACGAAUGAGGCUGCCUCUGGGUUUAGGAAGACCGGUGGUGCAUUGGCUCGAUUCCCUAUGAAUUUGACCCUCGCAAUCACAAAGGGCUGCCAUAACGCGCCAAGAUUGUAUGGUGAUGAAACUGUGCGUCGCCCGCCGAGGGUCACUGGCAUGCAUUCUGGACUCCGCGCAGGACGCGAUGAGCUACUAUACGGUGUCAUGGACGGCGUGACUGGUAUUGUCACCCAGCCUAUUCGUGGUGCCAAAAACCAUGGCAUUGUUGGCGCCAUGAAGGGCGUGGGCUAUGGUAUCGGAGGCUUCGUACUCAAGGACAUUGCAGCCUUACUGGGACCUUUCGCGUAUGGUAUGAAGGGGCUUGACGCUCAGUACAUGAAGCGCUACCAGCCUACUGCCUACUUGCGACGUGCUCGCAUCACACAAGGACAGUUGGAGUUGACUAGUCUGGAGAGGAAGUCUCGGGUCGCACGCAUCGACGAAGUCAAAGAGGGCGAAGGGAAGAACACCAUGAAGCGAGACCAAGUGGAGCAAAACGUCAGUGCACGCUGGCAAGCUCUCCAAGACACCAUGGCCAAGGAACGAAAAAAUCACAAGAGUGGUCUCGCGGCUACUUUGAUGGGCCGCGGCGAAAAGAAAGAAGGCACACGUGUUGGCAGAAAGAGUACCGAUGUGCCCAAGGAGGGACGUAGUUCGCAGUCCAGAGCACGAACGACACCCAUCGCCGAAGCUGAUAAGCAAGUCAGGCCUACAGACAGCAUGGCCAACAAGGAUCAAGAAGCUUUUCAGCAAAGCAGCAUUCGCAAGAGUAUGGACCAUCAUGGCAGAAGUGCUGCCAUGCUCCGGAGUACAACUGCGCCCAUCACUAUGGUGGAAUUGGAAGAACAUGGUGAUAGAGAUCCGCUGGAGCCUUUACCUAGAUCACCUCAUCAUCAAGUUGCGGAUUCCAAUCGCUCAAGGGAAAACGACACACAGGCACGUGGCAACGCGCAUCUUGUCGACGAUGCAGUCAACCAAUCUGACCCCGAGCUUGGUAACCAUCUUCGAGUCGAGGACGAGACGGCCCGCAUCAGUAGAACAAAGACCAGCGACACUGAGCCCCAAUCCGGGGAUGCAAGUUCCCAGGACACGAGGGUUGAGAGUGAAACUACUGAUUGGACAACGACUGGAAGCAAGAUGGGAGGAGAAGUGAGAGUGCGAUCUACUGAGGUCAGAUUCUAG